AUGAGCGAAAUCCUCGUUAUCACUUGCCCAGGCGGCAAACAAUGCAGUCGCAUGAUUCCUCUGCUAUACAACAAAGGCAAAUUCCGCCUCCGACUAGCCGCACACUCUGCAGCAUCAGCCGAAAAGCUACAAAACACCUACCCGGAUGCGGAGAUAGUCCAAGCCGAUCUCCAGUCGUUGUCCGACUGCCGCAGUCUUCUACAAGGCGCGACAGCCAUCAACGCCGUUCUACCGAGCUUGCACAGCCACGAGAAAGAAAUCGGCUUCAAUCUCGUCGACGCGGCAGUGGCAGAGUCACGCCGCGAAGGAAACGUCUUCAAACAUUUCGUUCUGUCGAGCGUACUAGGCACACAGCACCGAAGUCUUCUCCAGCACGAUCUAAAAAGCUACGUUGAAGAGAGACUAUUCCUCAGUCCAUUGGAUAACUGGACAAUCCUCAAGCCCGGAAAUUUCCUGGACGCCUACCCCGUCGCUGCCCUCGCCUCGCAAGACCACCCCGUUCUGGAAAAAUGGUGGAAACCGGAACACGCAAACAGUGUUAUUGCCCUCGAUGAUCUCGCCGCUGCAUCGGCGAAGGUCCUCAACGAGCGCGAGAAACACUACCUGGCCGAGUAUCCGCUCGUGUCAACGAUGCCGAUCUCCGAGACGGACAUUAUCAAAAUCAUCGAGAAGCGGAUCGGAAAGAGUAUUGAGUUGAAGACACCUAGUUUCGAUACGGGAGUCGCGAAACUCAUCGAUGCUCUGUAUGGGGGCCCUGAGAAGGGAGAGGGUGAGAUUGGACUCGGUCGAUGCAGUCCUGGUGAUCUGCGUGGUGACCUUGUGCGGGAUACCGUUGAGAAUUUGAUCAUGUUCUACAAUAAGCGUGGACUGAAGGGAAGUCCGAAUGUGUUGAGGAUGGUGUUGGGUCGUGAGCCGACUACGGUUGAGGCUUGGGUUGACGGUGUUGCUACGAAGGCUGGGUUUUAG